CGGUCUUCAUUGUACUAGUAUUAUAAAAUGUCCAAAAUGUUGAGGGUCUGUGAGAAGCUUCGCGAGGCGGACGCCAAGAGCAAGAGACACGGCCUGGCGCGAACUGAGACAGACUACCUCCGCGCCCUGGUGGACGCCAUGGCGGACAUGGACAGGGCGGUGGAGGUGGAGGCGCUCAAAACUCUGGGCGACGUGAACUUGGAGAAGGGAAGACGCCGCGGCAAAGAUGUGAAGUUCAGGGACAAGGCCAUGGCGCUGUACAGGGCCGCUUUGCACCGGUGUCAGGACGCCGAGGUGGCGGAAAGUCUACAAAACCGUGACCGUUACGCAGAAAAAGUACGGUCUUACGAUGAUCAACUGACAGAAGGGGACCGCGCACUGACUGAUGGGAAGCUAGACGCAGCGGAAGAGAAGUUUGCUUCAGCCCUGAGAAUAACUCACGAUCCCAACAAACCAGACUGUACCAAAGAGGCAGACUGCCUGUGCAGACUCGGUGACGUGUACGUACAGAGAGGCAAAAGAACAGAAGAGGGGAGGAAAUUCACCCAGGCAGCAGCCCUGUACAACGCAGCCAUGGCCAGAACGGACAGAGGUAAAGACAGAAUACAGACAAGCCUGUGGGGCACGGAGAAAUGGUUUCUUCACCACACAGCACAUGUGGACAGUAAACCGAGUCUUCCUGAUUCGGCCAUGCGUCAUCAGAAGCUACUAGAAGACAUGCGCGCGCGCGCAAAGUCACAAGUAGAAGCCAUUGAUCAUCAACACAAUCCAUAUCAAUAUGAUGAAGAUGACCCGAAGAUGUUACCAGUAGAGGCAAAGCGAGCUGAGGCCGUCAAAGCUCUGUUCAAGACCAUCGCCAAGGAUAGACAGACAUUUAUCCAGACAUUAGUUGACGAAUGCAUCGCCACACUCGGUCCUCCUCCAUGUAAGUACGCUUUCAUUGGCUUGGGCUCACAGGCCACAGAACUGGUGACGCCGUACUCCGACCUGGAGUUCGCCAUUCUGACCGAGGAGGGGAAGGAUGAUGAUGAUACACGGAGGUACUUCAUAAACCUCACACACUACCUGCACCUGAAGGUCAUCAACCUGGGAGAGACCAUCCUCCCGGCCAUGGCCAUCCCGUCACUCAACGACUUUUACUCCGAGGACCAGGAGAGAGACUGGUUCUACGACUCCGUCACGCCUCGUGGGUUCUCCUUCGACGGCUUCAUGCCGUGGGCUUGCAAGACUCCUUUUGGAAGAGACAGAACCAAAACGAAACAACCUGUAAGUCUCAUCCAGACUCCUGCCAAGAUGGCAGCGUUUCAGCAGCUGGAGGUGGCACUGACGGAAGGAUAUCACCUGUCAGACAUCCUCAGGCGGUUCGUUUUCUUAGCUGGUGAAGAAGUCUUGGUAGGCGAGUAUCGGGAAAAGCUCGAUGAAGUUGUCACAAACGAUCUCCUCUCCGAUUUCAAGUCCCGCCUGUCAGCCGUGCAGAUCCUUCAGGAGAACAGAGAGAUGCUCUCCGCCCGUGAACCCACCGGGAAGCUGCUCAACGUCAAGAACAUCUACCGUUUUCCAGGCGUGGCGGUCGAUGUUCUGGCUCUGUGUUGUCAGGUGAACCUGGCCAGCACGUGGGCCGUGAUAGACAGACUGAAGAAGACGGGACAGGUUCAAGAAGAGAACGCCACGCACCUCACGGUUCUCACCGGUAUCUCAGCAGAGCUACGGCUGAGAACGUACAUGGCCAACAGGGGACAAAAGGACAAAACGGCUCAUGAGAAGGUUGCCUCUUCACUUGGGCAUCUGGGAUCAUGUUGGAGUAAACUCGGCGAUGAAGAGAAAGCAAUUAGCUACUACGAGCAGUCACUAGCGAUGACGAAGACCAUCUAUGGACAAAACACUGUACAUCCAUACAUUGCUCUGUUACUAAAUAAUCUAGGAUUGUCUUACAAUAAACUUGGCAAUCAGAAGAAAGCGCUCAGCUACCAUGAACAGUCUCUGAUGAUGAAGAAGGCAAUCUACGGAGAGACGUGUCAUCGGGACAUCGCAACGUCACUUCUUAAUAUCGGAUUAACCUGGUCUAAGCUCGACAACCACCAGAAAGCAAUACGCUACUUCGAAGAGUCGUUGGUGAUGUCGAAAACUGUUUAUGGAGAACACGAGACGCACCCAGAAAUCCCCACGGUCCUCUUCAACAUUGGGUACUCCUGGCAGGCAUUAGGCGAUUACAAGGAAGCGAUAAGCUACUACGAGCAGUUCAUAGAGAUGAAGAAAAUCAUCCACGGACACGACAUGGCACACCCGAAAGUUUUCGAGACAUUCGGUUACCUGGGAUUGUGCUGGAGUGAACUUGGAGAUGAAACGAAAGCAAUCAGCUACUUUGAACAGUCGCUGAGAACGGCGAAAGCUAUCCAUGCAUAUGGAGACAACAAGGCACAUCAUAACAUAGCCAAGCUACUUGAAUUGGUGGGAGAAUCUUGGAGAAAACGUGGAGAUCAGAAGAAAGCAAUCCGCUACUUUGAACAGGCGCUAGUAGCGGCGAAAACUGCAUGUGGAGACAACACGCCAGAUCCAUUCAUUGCCUUGUUACUUCGAAACAUUGGAUUAUGCUGGGAUGAACUUGGCGAUCAGAAAGAAGCAAUCAGGUACUAUGAACAGUCGCUGAGAACGGCGAAAACUAUCUAUGGGGACCAUAAGGCACAUCAUGACAUAGCCAAGCCACUUGAAUUGCUGGGAGCAUCUUGGAGAAAACUUGAAGAUCAGAAGAAAGCGAUCAGCUUCUUUGAACGGGCGCUAAGAGUGACAACAACUGUAUGUGGAGACAACACGGUACAUCCAUACAUUGCCUUUUUACUGCGAAACAUUGGAUCAUGCUGGAGUGAACUUGGCGAUCAGAAAGAAGCAACCAGGUACUAUGAACAGUCACUAACAAUGGAGAAAACUAUCAAUGGACCCAAUACUGUAGACACAAAUGUAGCACGGUUACUUACUGACCUGGGUAUCUCAUGCAGUAAACUCAGAGAUGACAGAAAAGCGAUUCACUAUCUCGAACAGUCCCUGUCAAUGAUGGAAACUAUCUAUGGACGAGACACGCCACAUCAAGAUGUUGUCAGGACACUUGACACACUGGGAACAUCUUGGAGUAGGCUGGAUGGAAGAAAAUCUAUCAGCUACUACGAACAGUCACUGGCGAUGCAGCAAACCAUCUAUGGAGACGACAAGGCAACUCCGGAAAGUGCAGGGACCCUUUAUAACCUGGGGCUGUCCUGGCGUGAACUCGGUGACAACAAGAAAGCAAUCAGCUACUUCGAGCAGUCAUGCUCAACUAUGCGCAAAACACUACAUGGCAACAACAAGAAACACUCAUACAUUGUUGCCUUGUCACUUUUAGAGUUGGGAUCCUCUUGGAGUAAGGUCGGAGAUCAGGAAAGAGCAAUUCGGUUCUUUGAACAGUCACUGGCGAUGAUGAAAACAGUCUAUGGAGACAACAAAGCACAUAUGGACAUUGCCAAGAUACUCUUCAAAUUAGGGUUGGCAUGGGGUAAACAUGGUUAUCAAGAAAAGGCUAUGGAGUUCUUCGAGCAAUCACGGAGUAUGUCUUAUCAUGCUAGUGGCACUCUACAGUUCUGAGUCGGUGUCCAAAAACUCCUUUGGUGGAGGGACGAAAAAGGGGCAAAAGUUUAUCAGUUACAGAGUCACAGACAAUCGAAUGUUUUAUUCAGCUGCAGCCGAUG